AAUAGGAGCAUGCAGUGGGCGUGCCGCUUGGAUCAACCGCUUCCUGUUGUAUAGCUGCUGGUGCUGAUGCGGAGACAUGGUGGGCGGUGCGUGGAGCUGCUGCCUGCUGUUUCUGCUCCUGUUACCCUCCUCCCUGCUAGUUCUGGGCCUGCGCUUCCAGGAAUACCUGUACUUCCAGGUGCUGAGUCCUGGGGACAUCCGCUACAUCUUCACCACCACCCCGGCCAAGGAUUUUGGGGGAGCUUUUAAGCAGCGGUAUGACCAGAUCCACCUGGUGCCCGCCGACCCGCUGGAAGCCUGCGGAGAGCUGAGCAACGGCGCCUUCAUCCAGGGGCAGAUCGCGCUGGUGGAGAGGGGCGGCUGCUCCUUCCUCUCCAAGACCAAAGUGAUCCAGGAGCACGGCGGCCGGGCGGUCAUCAUCACCGACAACGCUGCCGACAACGACAGCUUCUACGUGGAAAUGAUCCAGGACAGCAGCGGGAGGACGGCCGACAUCCCAGCCUUGUUCCUCCUCGGGAGAGACGGGUACAUGAUCCAGCGCUCCCUGGAGCAGCACGGGCUCCCCUGGGCGGUGAUCUCCAUCCCCGUGAACGUCAGCAGCAUUCCCGCCUUCGAUCUCCGCCAGCCGCCCUGGACCUUCUGGUAGAAGCUGUCGGCGGGGGAGACACCGGCAGUGCUUUCUUUGAAAUGCCCCCCAUAGACGGUUAAUCUCCCGCAUCUCACGCGUUUUGCCGAUUCCUCUCGUCUUCCUCAACGAUUCCGCGCUCUACGGUUUUAUAAAAUGUUACAAAACGUAAACCGGUUUUUAACCCGUUUUCUAGGAGCCAUAUUUUGGGUGAAAAUGUAUUAAAUAUCAUCGUUUGGAGCUGCA